AAAGUUUUCUUGUCUUGAAUGCCAAAAUGGCAGCCGGCAAAGCGUCCUUGGUGGCUAUUAGUGUUCGGUGUAUUUUAAAGAAAAAGCUCAUCCCACAGACUUUAGCAGGUCCAUACUUUAAAAAUGCAACCAAAGGAUUUUCAUCAAGUGUACUGUCUCACUCCAUUGAAGACCCCAUUGCAACAAACACUCCAAGCAGCAGUUUUAGCAGCCCGCUCGAACACUACAACAAUCUCAUUCAGCGUGGAGUACUACAAGAUGACCAACAGCAAAGGGCUGUUCUGCAGGCGCUAGAUAUAAUGCAGAAAAAGCUCAAAGGAUACAGCAAUAAACCUGAAUCUUUUAUAUUAAGACUAUUCUCCAGGCAAAAGCCACCAAAAGGUUGCUACAUCUAUGGUGAUGUAGGUACUGGCAAAACCAUGGUCAUGGACAUGUUUUAUGAGCAUGUAGACAUGACAAAGAAAAAAAGAGUUCACUUCCAUGGCUUUAUGUUAGAUGUGCACAAAAGAAUCCAUCGUCUUAAACAGAGCAUGCCGAAGAGAAAGCCAGGGAAAAUGGCAAAAGCCUAUGAUCCUAUUGCACCAGUUGCAGAGGAAAUAAGUGCGGAGGCUUCCUUGCUCUGCUUUGAUGAGUUUCAGGUCACAGACAUUGCAGAUGCCAUGAUUCUCAAGCAGCUCUUUGAAAACCUCUUUCUCCAUGGUGUUGUAGUUGUAGCCACUUCCAACAGACCUCCAGAUGAUUUGUACAAAAAUGGAUUACAGAGGGUGAACUUUGUGCCAUUCAUUGCUGUACUUAAAGAGUAUUGUAAAAUACUUCGCCUUGACUCUGGAAUUGAUUACCGCAAAAGAAAUCAACCUGCAGCUGGAAAGCUCUUUUACCUCUGCAGUGAAGACAAUGUAGAUGCAACCCUGGACAAGCUUUUUGAUGAAAUGGCAUUCAAGCAGAAUGACAUAACCCGUCCCAGAUCUCUGAAGGUACACGGCAGGACAGUGACUCUGAACAAAGCCUGUGGGACCAUUGCAGACUGCACAUUUGAGGAGCUGUGUGAUAGGCCUUUGGGGGCCAGUGACUACUUGGAAAUGUCAACGAUAUUUGACACAGUGUUUAUUCGCAAUAUUCCUUUACUCACCUUGAAUAAGAAGACCCAGGCUAGGCGCUUUAUCACUCUCAUUGAUGCAUUCUAUGAUCACAAGGUGCGAGUGGUGUUACAAGCAGAGGUACCUUUAGAGGAUCUGUUUGUGAAUGAAGGACACCAUGAUGAUGAGAGGAAUAUUUUAAUAGAUGACUUGGGUUUAAAAAGGGAUGCUGCUGGUUCACUGUCAAUCUUCACCGGUGAGGAAGAGGUGUUUGCUUUCCAGCGUACAGUCUCGCGCCUCACAGAGAUGCAGACAGAGGAGUAUUGGACAGAAGGGGAUCGAAGUUCUUCAUAGCACUUGUCACUACCAACUCCAGAUGUAAUGGUUCUAUAUCACUUCUAAGCAGUCCAGAGUUCUCUGUUUUGCGAAAGCUUUGGAUCAUCGCUAAUAUUUAAUUUAUAUUUUAUUCUAAACUGUACAAUACUUUACUCUGUCGCACUUUAUUCUAUAUUUCUGCAGGCUGGUGAGGCAUGUACAUUUUAGUAUGCCAAAGGAAUGCAUUCAGUUAUGUGAAUGCAGGUUUAACUUUUAUUUAUCAAAUGAACAAAGGUUCACAUCAUUCAAGAUAAAAGCAACGUCAUACAGUAUACUGUACAUCCCAUCUACACAUUCACCAAACUGAAAUGACUCAUGUGCUUGUACUUUGUUUCUGUCAAUUAUAUUUUAAAGGACUGUACCAGAGUCUGAUUGCAAAUAAGUUAAUUAUAAAUUAAUAUUCUAUGGAAAUACCCAUUUUUGAUGUUAUAAAGGUCAUUAAUCUAAAUUUUGUCUUGGCCACACCAUUAACUGUUUAUUUUAAUUUAUUUUGUUAACAAUAUUUAAAAUAUCAACUGUAAUUCAUGCAAAUUUGUAUAAAUAGCACAAACAAUACCAUGUUGUUAUCCAAAGUAAUAAGAAAAAGAUAAAGAGGUGUACUGCACAAUCCUUAAUUUUGAGUUACUGACCAUACUGAAAAUAAUCUUGACUUCCUGGCUUCUAAUUUUAAGUGAAAAAUAGUUUUUCGGUAAAACAGCAUGACAUGCUUUUGCGGACAAAUGUGGAAUCAAAUAUAAAAUUUUACUAGCUAACUUUUAGUUCAACAGGCAUUAUUAUUUAAUUGUGACUGUGUUUUAAAGAACAUUGAUCAGAUGGUUUGUGUCCUGAUGAGAAGUACCGGUAACUUCUGCCAAACAAGAUUUUGAAGUGUUUGGUAUUGUGUAAAUAAAUUAUGAUUGCAUUUAAUUUGUACAGUAUAUGAAGAAAAAUAAGUGUGUUGGGAAGUAUGCAGCCAGUUCAACGGUUUUUUGGGUUUUUUGCUUGACCAUGGCAGAUGUAUGUCUAUUUAUUUAUCUAAACUAAAAAUGUGUCAAAUAAAUUAUACAGCAGGUUAAUAUUGUCAUGAAAUUGCCUUAACCAAGCGCAGCUUGUUUUUUAUUUUGAAUUAAUGAAUUGGAUAAGAAAAUUAGAUCUCUGCAGUUGCAGAUGGUAUGCAUAAGUGUGUUCUAUGGUAAAGGGUUUAUUAAUAACACCAGGUUAGAAAACGAAACUGUAUUUUGUGUAUGCAAAUCAGAAGAAAGAAGAGAAAGACCCUUUGAAUUUUAAUAAAAGUUUCAGUUUUACCAAAUAAACA